AUAUUUUGAGUAUUUCACUUCCAUAAUUUAAUUAUUAUUUUUUUGCACAGACAAUAUUUUUAUUCUUAAUUUCGUAGCCAUGAGAGACGAAAGAGUAGAGAACAUAGAUUUGGCAAAUUGUCUAAUUCUACUCUCUCAUCCCAAAGAAACCAAACCAAAGAAACAUUUUAGUCCUGUGGAAUUUGAGUGCACCACAUGCAACCGCAAGUUCUCUUCGUUUCAAGCCCUAGGUGGCCAUAGGGCUAGUCACAAAAGGCCCAAACUAGAUACCUUGAAACUCAAGCUACAUGCUCAAACUUUAGGUUUGUUGAAUAACCCCAAAAUGCAUGGGUGCUACAUUUGUGGUAAAGAAUUUUCUCUUGGCCAGGCUUUGGGAGGACAUAUGAGAAGGCACAAGAUUAGCGUCAACGAGGGAUUUUCUUCGGUGAAGAAAAAUAAGGUUGUUGGAAAAAUCCCAACAUUAAAAAGAUUGAAUAGUAAGAGGGUUAUGUGCUUGGACUUGAACUUAACACCUUUGCAGAAUGACUUGAAGUUAUUGUUCGGAAAUAUGGCACCUAAAGUUGAUUCAUUUUUUUGAUUAAAUAUAUUUUUGGUACACAUGAUGAAUUUGACAAAAUUAUGGAGAUUCGCCAUAGUUUUUUUUUAAAUCGACCAUGAUAUAUAUCAGACAAAUACUAAUUGUUUGUU